UCUAACAGUUUACAUUUAGGUCUGCUGUACGCCGAGGAGUCUUUUAUUAUUCUGGUUGAAGGCAUAUGUGUAAGAUUUAGAGAACUUCUAGUUUUAGAGAACUCUUAUAUUGCCUUACAGGACAAAUUACUUUGUUGGAAUGAAAUGGUUUUGAAUAGAACGGAAUUGAUAAAGAUGGUUCAUGUCCCAUCCAACUAGUUUGAGGUUGAGGCAUGGUUGGAUUGAUUGGUUGAUAUAAAAAAGGACUUGCUUGUUCAGGAAAUUCACUCUUUUUGCUUGCCACUUGUGAAGAUGGGCCUGGAAACAUUUGCAAUGCCUCAGUUUUUCUGUUGCAAUUUUGAUCUCGUAUGAAUUAGCCACCAUGAUUUGCCAACAUUUUGAGCUGCCCAAUCUCAACAGCACACAAAUCCACUCCUCUGGAUCACUGAAGUGGCUCCAGAACCGAGAGAUGUGAUCUGUUACAGCUGUUCAAGGAAUUGCCAAAUAUGAUCGCCUGAAGAAAUGGUUUCCUCCUGCGAUGGCUGUGGACUUGAUACCGGGGUUAAGGUCCUUCAUCACGGGAUAUCUUCCUAGUGCCAUUCUUAAUGGUUUCAUAUACAUUGUUCCAUUUGCCAUGAUUGGACUGGCAAGAUUAGUUGGUUAUAUCUCGCAAAGUAAGAAGGAUAUAAAUGCAUGCAACCUGGUGUUCUACUUCCUGGUAGGGAAUGUAUUUUUUCUAAGCUUGUUGUCAGGAUCUUUACUAGAUCAAAUCGGCGAAUCUUUCUCUCAUCCCAAGGAUAUUCCCAACCGUCUAGCUAGUGCUGUCUCUGCUCAGGCAGAUUUCUUCGUGGCGUACAUCUUGACAAAUGGGCUGGCAGGAUUCUCUUUAGAGAUACUUCAGCCAGGAUUACUUCUCUGGGAUGCUCUUAAAUCUCACACGUGGGACCGUGGAAAGAAGAAACGUCCUUAUGUUUAUUCACUACCUUAUUAUAGUAUUAUUCCUUUUGUUGCUCUCUGCAUGCUGAUUGGGAUUGUUUACGAGGUGGUCUCACCUUUGCCUCUUCCAUUUUUAGUAGGCUACUUCCUGCUUGGAUAUGCAGUGUUCAUCAACCAAGUGAAGUUUCUCUAUAUGCAAUAUUUGUGUGUUAAGAACGAAUCUUCUUAUAAGCCUGAUCCACAUUACUUUGAGCAUGUGUAAAUGUAGUUUGUACAUGUCUUUGGUUUGAGCUAGGUCUCCUUAACUAGUCAAAAACUUGGGCUAAACCCGACAUGGAUCAGGAAAGAAAAAAAGAAGCAGCAACCACCCAACUAUGAACAACUUAUUUAACAUUUUCUUGUGUCCAACGUCGUGUCCUUGAUAAUAUGUCUCGUUACACUCGUGGGUGAUUUGGGCAUAGAUGCAAAUCUAUAAUCAUAUGGAAUAACGUUUUAGAUUAAUGAACUUUUAAGUGCUCAUUUUUACUUUUUCUUCGGAUAUUUAGUAGAUUCUGUGAUUUACCUGCUACAGUACACCUGAACCAGUGAUACUAAUACAAAGCAGAUGAACUUUUUGUGUUUUAUUGGACUUCCUUAUCAAGACCAUUGAGUAUUACAGGCCCUAGUUAUUCACUGAGGUUUUUUCAUUCUUUUUCAUUUUGAGAAAUGGUGAUAGUCCUUAUCCUUAGUAACUAGUUUUCUUCUGUUAAGGGGAUUGCUACAAUCUUAGUUUCCUAACUAAUUGUUAUUACAUUCAUCUUUUUUAUGCCUCUUAAGCUACAUUGUUAUCACAAGUAAGUGUCCUGUUGAUAUAAAGUAUAUAUUAAUAUACUUAAUUUUGUUCUUCUGUAUUGCAAGUUAGCUCAAAUAUUUUAGAAUAACUAUGGAGGAUAAUGU